AUGCUCUUCUCCGACCGAGCAGAGCAACAAAUCAGACAUGAUCCACCUUUACCUGUGCUCUCUCAGCGCGAGAAACGAAAACAGUCAGAAGCGCCCGAUCGGGUUUAUGGGUUAAAACAGACAGAUAACUUCAAGCUCCUCUUGGACUCAGAUGACAGGCGUGGUGCUGGUACUACGCCUAGUCGAUCGCUAUACGAAACUUUAGAAGUCAGUCCAUUUGAGCCUGAGGGUGAGCCAUUACUCUAUCCUUUUCUUGUUAUGGAAGCAAAGUCAAGCAAAGGGGCAGAUCGUAGAGAAGUCAACAUGCAGACUGCGUUUGUCAUUAGGCGUCUUCUCAAUGUGCAGCUUGGCCUCAAAGAAGCAACUGGCGAAGAAUCACAGUGGGAAUCCGGGCCUCUUGUUUGGUUUUUAGCAUGGCGAGGUGAAAUCUGGGAAGCAUCCGCUGCAUUUGUGCGAUGUUGCAGCAACGGAGGCAAACGUAUUUUCAACAACUUCUCCCACCCGAAGGACCUUCAAUUGGUUGAAUCAUUCACAAGAUACAUCAUCAUCGACAUUUCAAGCUCCAUUAUCUACUCGUGGUGCUAG